AUGUCGACUAAUAUAAAAGAUCCUCAAGCCGGUGGCAGUGCAGGUUCUGGUUAUCCUGUCAUCACUUUGAUUGAGCUCAUUGAAAGAAAUCCUGCCUUCAAAGAUGUAAAGAAGGAACUUGACCGCCAUGAAAAGGGCAGCUUUUCUUACUAUAAGGCAUUAUUUGAGUCAUUCCCUCUACAUGAACAUGGUCUAGCUGAUAAACCUCAGAGUGUUCCAGUGACGAAAAAAGACCCAAAUGGCGAGUAUAGCCAGGUCUAUCGCAAUAUAUGUAGUCCUGAUGCAUUGGUGACAUGCAUUGACCAGAAUUGGAAUACAGGUUAUAAUAUCUACAAUAUGUCUGUGAAGAUGUAUCCAGAUAGGAAGUGCUUAGGCGAGCGUCCAUAUGAUGCUGCGACGGGUACUUGGGGUGAAGAAUAUGUUUGGGAGACUUUCUCUGAAGUUCAGCAACGAGCUCUAAACUUCGGAUCUGGGGUUUUGUCAAUUGUUAACAUGAGACGCGGGAGACCUCGUGCCUCGAACGACUUUAUUGUUGGUAUCAUGGCUCCCAAUCGUAAGGAAUGGGUCAUCACCGAUCUGGCUUGUCAGUCCUAUUCUCUAACUAGUACUGCAUUGUAUGAUACUUUGGGUCCAAAUACUUCAGAGUAUAUUAUGAAUUUAACUGAAUCUCCUGUGGUUGUUGUAAAUAAGGAGAAUGUGUUCAAGAUUAUAGGACUGGCUAACAAGUUACCAAAUUUAAAUACAAUUAUACUUAUGGAUAACCUAGAUGCAAGCGAAUUGGCCCAUCUGAACCAAACUGUGCUUGGUAAAAAAACGAAUGAAAAGGGUGAGCGUGUUGCCAUCUUUAGUUUUAGGCAAAUUGAGCAUAUUGGUGAAGUGAAUAGAAUUCCGCCUAUUCCUCCAACUCCAGAGUCUGUUUACACCAUAAACUUUACCUCUGGUACAACUGCAUUGCCUAAGGGUGUAGAACUUACUCAUAAGAACAUGGCAGCUGCUUUUGCUUUCUCUAACGUUGCUACAGAGUUUACAGCAGAACAGCGUUACUAUAUGUCUUUCCUACCUUUGGCGCAUAUAUUUGAAAGGGAGACCCUCAUUAUAUUGCUAGGAGUGGGUGUUGCGAUGGGCUUUUUACAUAAACCUGACCCUGCUGUUCUUAUUGAAGAUUCCAAAAUCUUGCGGCCUUUCAAGUUUGCUCUAGUUCCACGGGUUUUAAGUAAACUAGAGGGCGCCAUUAAAAAGAAGUUGUUGAGUUCUGAGACACCAUACAUCACCAAAAAUAUAGCUUCUACCAUAUUAGAUGCAAAGAUGAAGAAGAUUAAAAGUAGUGAUAAGGAGGAUGAUUCCCUUAUUAACACUUUGGUGUACCGGAAGUUGCUGAUUAACAAGAUCCGUGAAGAAUUGGGAUUUGCGAGAACCACGCAUGUGAUCACUGGUUCUGCUCCAAUUUCGCCAAGUACCAUGAACUUCUUGAGAAGUGCAUUAGACGUAAGCAUACAAAACGGUUAUGGUUUAACGGAAUGUUACGCUGGUGCCUUCGUUUCAAGAGCGCACGAAUCUGACUGCGGAAGUGUUGGUCCUCCUGGUAUUGCAUGUGAGUUUAGAUUAAAGUCUGUUCCUGAAAUGAACUAUGAUGCCGUUAAUGACCUGAAGGGUGAAGUACAGUUACGUGGUCCACAAACCAUGAACGGUUAUUACAAAAAUCCCAAGCAGACUAGUAAGGCACUCGACUCCGAGGGAUGGUUUUCGACUGGGGACAUUGGUAUGAUUGAUGCCAAGGGAAGAUUAUGGAUCAUCGAUCGUAUAAAGCAUAUGUUUAAACUUUCGCAGGGUGAGUAUAUUGUUACUGAAAAGAUCGAAACACAAUAUGUUACUUCUUGUCCAAUGAUCACUCAGAUUUUUGUUCACGGUAACAUCUUCAGCACAUUUUUAGUAGGAAUUAUUGGAAUCGAUCCUAUUCUACUAAAGAGUGCUUUAGACAGCGUAGCGCCUGGUUUCGGUUCUAUUUCAGCUAGUGAGCUCCCUCGUAGGGUCAACGAAGAUCUCAAUCUAAAGAAAACCGUCCUGAAAAUUCUAAACUCGGCCGUUCGUGAUCUCCAAGGAUUUGAGAAACUGGGUAAUAUUUAUGUUGACAUAGAGCCAUUAAGUAUGGAAAAUGGUACGUUAACGCCUACCUUCAAGGCUAAGAGAGCCGAAUGUAGCAAAAUAUUCGGUUCAAUUAUUAAUGAACUAUAUUCCCAAGGAAAUAUAUCGAAGCCGGAUAAAUUAUGA